CGGGUGAUUAUAGUGGUGGAUACUCUGCUCAAUAUUCUGUUCCACCACCAGCUAUGGCUUCUGGCGAUAAUAGUUAUUCUGGCUCUGGUCAGGGAUAUCAAAGCAGUUAUGGUUCCGGCCAAAACCAAGAUUGGAACCAACAAAACACCGGAGGUAAUGCUUAUGGAAGUGGCCAACAAGGAAACAAUUAUGGCCAAAGCUAUGAUUCUUCAAACUACAGUAGUGGUGGUGGUGGAGGUGGUUACGAUAGAAACAACAGCGGUGGCUACAAUGUAAGUGGUGGCGACCGUGGCAGCAGUAAUUACUAUGGCGGUGGUGACCGUGGAGGAUCAAAUUAUGGUGGAGACAGAGAUCGUGACAGACAAGGAUACUCUGGUGGUGGAGGCAACGGUGAUCGAGGAGGGUUUGGAGGAGGUGAUCGAGGCUACAAUAGAGAUGGGGGGAAUAGAGAUGGUGGAUAUGGUGGCGGCGGCAGGGGGGGUGGUUAUAAUAAAGGUGGCGGCGGUGGAUACGGCGGCGACCGAGGUGGGGGUGACAUGGUGACUCAGGAAGACACGAUUUUCAUCCAAGGAAUGAAUCCAUCUACUACUGAAGAUGAGCUAUGCCAGCACUUUGGUUCUAUCGGUAUUAUUAAGACCGACAAGAAAACUCAAAGACCAAAGGUCUGGAUGUAUAAAGAUAAAGUAUCUGGACAACCAAAAGGUGAAGCUACUGUGACUUAUGAAGACUCUAAUGCCGCAUCCUCAGCUAUUCAAUGGUUUGACGGAAAAGAUUUCAAUGGAGCUACAAUCAAAGUAUCUCUAGCUCAACGCCAAAAUACAUGGGGUGGUAACAAAGGAGGUGGCGGCGGUGGAUUCCGUGGAGGGCGAGGGGGUGGCGGUGGCCGCGGCGGUGGUGGCGGCGGCGGCGGCGGCGGUGGCGGCCCAAGAGGUGGAGGCAGUUCAGGCGGAGGUGGUGGCCUGCCUUCUGGCAAUAGAGCCGGUGAUUGGAGAUGUCCAAAUCCAAGCUGUGGAAAUACAAACUUUUCUUGGAGAAAAGCAUGCAACAGGUGUAAUGAGGAGAAACCAGAGGGUGCAGGCGGUGCAAGUGGGGGUCCUCCAUCGGGCGGUAAUGGACGCGGUGGUGGCGGCGGCGGCGGUGGCCCACCUGGCCGCGGGGGUCGCGGAGGCGGUGGACGAGGCGGCGGUGGCUGGGGCGGCGGCGGCGGCGGCCGCGGGGAUCGAGGAGGUGACCGUGGUGGCGACCGCCGCAGUUACGGCAGUGGCGGCGGCGGUGACCGCGGCAGUGGCGGCGGCGCAAUGAGGAGUGACGGCGGGGGCCGGGACCGCCAAAGACCAUAUUGA